CACUCUUCGCUGAAGGCCACCUCGCAGGCUCGGUUUCAUUCCUGCCGACACCUAACGACAAUGCCAGGCUACUGAGAAUCCAAAGUGAGCAUGCCAACGUCACCAGCAUGGAGCUGCCAUCCUGCAGCCCAGCAGCUUGCGGAUGAGUCGGUCCCCGUUGAAGAUUUGGCAAUCACUUCCAGGUUGUGCCCCCGAGAGAAUUCUACGCAAUCCUCAGUCGGGGCCCCCUUGUUCAGCCCAGAAACAAGUCAAGCGGCCUCUACCCGCCAGUUGUUCGCACUUCAAAGGAGGCCCUUGAGUUGGCCAGGGCCGUUGUACGGUUUAUUGCGUCCCUCUGUUGUCUGGGGAGACUUUGUUCAGCAAAGAAUCCCACUGGUCUUGUCGAGUCAGAGGAACCUAUGCUUACAUAUAGCGGACGCAAAGCACAUGGCGAAUCGAAUAGGUCUUCCAUUGCAAGUUCCUAGGCAGCGUCUCCUGAUUCCUGGACCACGAGGACACGGGCGGCUGCUGGCCUUAGUGACGCUCUUGCACUUGCUUGUUUUAGUCGGAGCGACACGGCGUGGCUUGCAUUGGACACCUGUGCCAGCGAGAUGCUUGUUCGUCGCAUCACUUGGCCCGGGGGCCAAGACAACGACAGAUUGCAAUGGAGAACUUGUGGUGCUGUACAGUGUACUUCUGGGUGAUGCCAAUGGUUCCCGGCUCUGCCUGGCUGAGCCGAGUCUAAGAGAUGGAACGGAGAAGAACCGUUGUGUUCGUGCCAAGCGACAUUAGAGACGGUCUCAACAUUGGUAGCAUGGCCGAUUACUAGUUGAUUAGUUGAUUCCGAAGGCUAGGUAACCCUCAGGUGCUCUUUGCAAGUCGCAACCCUUAGAAAUGCCGAGCAAACUUUCAAAGAAAGACUUUCCAAGUGCACACACGAGCCGUUCAGAUAAGGCGAGGUAUCAGUUAGCAGUCUUCAGACCUGAUGACAGAGGUGGACUUU